GGCAGCGUGCCAACCCAACGCUCAAUUUAGUCGAAGGGAAGAGUUCUAAAAGAAGAACACAGCGAGAACACAGCCAGAACACUAUAAUGAGAGCAAAUACUGGAGGAAAAGAUGGCCACGAACUUGCGAAAAGAAGACGAAGAAGAAAUAGAAACGGGGAGAACAUGUCAGAUACUGCUUCCAAUAGCAAUGUUUCUUCAAAACAAGAAAAAAAGAAAAGUUCUGUUGGUGAACAAGAGGAAAAUCGUCGUGAAAACAACACGAACAGUCGAAACUGUGAAAGUCGCCGAUAUGGCAUGAUUGUAGAAGACAUCUACAUUGAAAUGGACGAUAUUAUUUGUGAAAUUCAGAACGGGAAAAUCUCAUUGGACGCGUUGCCUAAGUUGGGACUAUUUCCUUUACAUGAGGCAGUCGCCCGUGGACUUACAAAAUAUGCCGAAAGCUUAAUAGGACUUGGAUUACAGCUUACAAGCGAAACUCCUGACGGACUUACACCAUUGGAGAUAGCAGUUAUGGCUGGGAAUUUUGAAGCUGCUGCCUUGUUGAUUCAGCAUGGGGCUCCUGUUGAUCGAAUUCGAGAUGGAAUUCCUCAAUUUAUGUAAAGGUUUUGCGCCCUCAUUUCGACUUAUUCAAGAGAUUUAAGACUGUUUGUUACCAACUUGACUUAAUUUCUGCCUUCUUGUGGGAGAGUAAUAUUAUAAAGACUGGUUAGUUUAUGUCGCUUAUGAAUGACGGAACAUCACUGUCAGCUAUAAUCGCGCUCAAGCCAUCACAGUUGGACUUCGUGGAGUAUAUUUCACAAACAAUUUACAUAAAUGUUAUUUGGAGACAGAAGCUUAUUGUUUUAAGCAGCAAUUGACAGCGCGUCACGGAAAAUGUCAAAGAGUUUAUAAUACUGUAUUGUAUUUAUUGAACUAAUAAACUAUCAUCGCCCGAUAGC